AUGGCAAACCCCGCCACGGAACUGGAUGGGUCUACCACAUUGUUUACACCGGCAGAUCCUGUCUCACCCGAAGCUCCUCCAGAACCGGCAACCAGCGCGACUUCAGUUGACUUUGAGCGCGGCAUUCGAGAGCGUUUGUCAUCGACUCAGCUAGAGGAAAGUCAGCCAAUACUUAAUUCGGUGCAAUCAUCACCAAUCGCCAACGUCGAUCGGCGCGAGGUAGAUCGUCAAACGUCUUCCAAUGAUGUCGUUGCUGCUGAGUUGGAGACCAAACAGCCGCAGGGGCUGCCAUAUCUACCACCUGGGACGAUCGAAACCAUACUUGAAGUUUUCAAGACCACUGCUGCUGGAAUAGAAAAGAAAUUAGAAGAAACCGGCAAUAGAUUGGACAAGAAAAUAGAAGAAACAAGUAAUAGUUUGGACAAGAAAAUAGAAGAAACCAGUAAUAGAUUGGACAAGAAAGUGGAAGAAAUGACCGCAAACUUUUUGCAACUCAAAAGUAACGUUGAGGAUUUACAUCGAAAAAUGGAUGAAAAACAAAUUGAAGCUAAGAAUUAUACAAAUGAACAAAUACAAACGGUGAGAAGUGAAUUUGGUGAAAGAAUUCUAAACCAACACCGGGAAAAUUCUGAAGCAAAUGGUGAAUUGGAGAGCAAGAUUACCCAGGCCAAUGCUAAGCUAGCUCAGAAUGAUGUGAGGUUAGGUGAAUUGGAGGCUCAGCAAACAAAUCACACGGCCCAAAUAAACCAGCUGAGAGCAGAUGUCACACAGAAUUCAGCUGAAACUUUAAAUCCCGAAGUAAUUAAGGGAUUGAAAACUCAGCUAGAUCAAACUAAAGCCGAGUGUCUACAAAUAAAGAAUAGUUUGGCUAACGUUUCUGGUGGAGUAACCGACCGUGAGGUGCUGCAGUCUGGCGGAAAAAAUUCACACUGCUCCCAACCACGUGACAGCGGUAAAACCAGUCAUGAAGAAGAGAAAAAUCUGCCUGCUCGUAUUGCGUCAGCUAGUAGUGACAGUUUGUGGGUUCUGCCCCACAAGGCUACUAGUAGUGAUGGUUUGCGGGUUCUGCCUCACGAAGCUGAUAGAGUUCCCCAUCCAAGUGUUAAUAACAGGAAGAUUGUUGUUUGGCUGUGA